AUGUUAUUUGAUUCAAAGAUAGAUUUAAUCAAACAUGUAUUGGUUGUUAAUAGGUUUGUUAGUAAACUGAUUUUCAAUCAUGUACAUUGUAUUCACGCACAGUUAAAGAUUGCAGUUGUGAAAAGAGAUCAGAUGAAGACCUGUGAUGAGUAUACUCGAUACAGACAAUUUGAUCUAUUCUUUAAACACUUUGAAUCAGAGAUUAAAACAUAUAAAAAGAUAGGAUUUGAUCCAUUUUCAUAUUUAAGAAAUGGUUUACAAUAUAUUGUAGAGUAUAAAGGAGGUACUACUAAACAGCAACAACAACAACAAAGACCAUUAGAGUUUAUGAUUGGUAUCAUUUCAAAAUAUUGUAAAGAACAUGGUUAUAGUGCGGCAGUUAUUUGUGAAUAUUUUACAACCUCGCAAUGGAGGAUACCUAUUCAAAAUGCUAAAUACAUUGUAUCUAUACCAUUGAUAAGGAUUAAAUGUAAAAUGAUCAUUCGGGCAUUGUUUGUGACCGCAAUCAAGCAUUUGGAUAUUCCAUUUAUCAAACAAUUGGAUAGCAUGUAUCGUGGAAGUGAAGAACAGUUUAUAGAGAGUGCUCUAUCGAAUGACACUGCUUUGGCAAUGUCUCAAUUAAACACACCACAAGCCAACCAAACCUUUAUAUCAAUACUAGAGUUUGUGUUGAACCGUCGUCAAUCAACUGAUCCUAAAGAUCAAUGGAUCUCCAAAGUGAUGUUGGUCAGUAUUAAACUUGGUAACCAUCAAAUAUACGACUUUCUAAGUGGUAUAUUUAGGAUACCACAUUUAUUGUCAACGUUUCAGUAUCAACCAGGUUACCAAAAAAUGACAAAGUCUCUUCAGAAUAGAAUGCAAGUCCAAGAGAUUAAUCGGUUUAGAUACAAUGGUCGUGAUAAUAUAAACAAUAACAAUAAUAAUAAUAAUAAUAAUAAUCAAUCAACAACUACAAUUACUCGACAACCUAUUGUCAUUCAUAACGGCCAAAAGAAAAAAGAAGAACCAGAAGAAUACAAAUAUGAAAAGGAAAGAAUGGUUCAUUAUUUGACAGCCACUCCAUUACUUUACCAUCAUCCGCUUUUAAAGGUAGAUGUUGGUUUUUUAAAGUAUCUAAGAAAGAAUGGUUUUAGAUCAGAGUUGUUUAAUCAAAACAAUAUGGAUAGUGCAAUGGCUCGAGGUGACUUAGUUUGCAUUAAAUACCUAAUAGAUGCUACUAAAAGUUUUGCCUCUGAAAACAAACGGUGGGGUCUACUCAGACCCACCAAAUCACAUCCAACAGUCCACCAAUUACAUGUCAUCAAAUGGUUUAUCAGUGACUCAGCAAUGUUUUGGAAUCUCGAUCUAGUCAUCAAGGAAACAUUACAAUGGGUACUUCUUUCACAACAAGGACCAAAGGAUAUCCAAUUGAUGGAACUUUUAUAUAAAAGUCUAUCGGAAUCCAACAAGGCUUUAUUCGACCCAAUCUAUUAUCAAUGCAAUGAUUUCAUAGAUGUUAUCAUUAAAGAUAAAAAGAGAUUGGCAAUAGCAGGUCAAAGAUUUGAAUUAAGAGUACAUAUUCUCACAGCUCAAACCAAACCAACUAGAAGUCAAACGACCAAUAAAAGAAAAAUGGAGGGAAUCCAAGCAACAGAUUUCAGACUUGGCAUCAAAAUAUGGUCAUCUCAAAGUAAUAGAAUAUCUAACCUAUCAAUUUCCAUCGUACUCUUAGGAAAAUUUAUAGAUUUAAUCAAACAUGUAUUGGUUGUUAAUAGGUUUGUUAGAAAAUUGAUUUUCACUCAUGUACGUUGUAUACAUGCACAAUUAAAGAUUUCAGUUGUGAAAAGAGACCAGAUGGCAAAUUGUCAUCAUUAUACUAUAUAUAAACAGUUUGAUCUAUUCUAUAAACACUUUGAAUCAGAGAUUAAAACUUAUAAAAAGAUUGGAUUUGAUCCAUUUUCUUAUUUGAAAAUGAAAGGUUUACGAAAUAUUUUAGAGUAUCAAGGAGGUUCUAAACAACAACAACAACAACAAAGACCAUUAGAGUUUAUGCUUGGUAUCAUUUCAAAAUAUUGUAAAGAAUAUGGAAAUGAUGUAGUAGUAAUCAAAGAAAAUUUUACAAAUUUGGAAUGGACCAUACCUAUUCAAAAUGCUAAAUGCAUUGCAUCCAAACCUUUUAUAAGGAUUAAAUGUAAAAUGAUCAUUAGGUCAUUGUUUGUGGCUGCAAUCAAGCAUUUGGAUAUUGCAUUUCUCAAGCAAUUGGAUAACAAGUAUCGUGGACAUGGAGAUGAGUUUAUAGAGGGAGAUCAACUGGAAUCCAUUGCUUUAGAAAUGUCUCAAUUAAACACACCACGAAACAACCAAACCUUAAUUUCAAUACUAGAGUUUCUAUUAAAUCGUCGCCAAUCAACUGAUCUCCUAGGAUGGAUCUCCCAAGUGAUACUAGACAGUAUCAAUAUCGGUAACCAUCAAGUGUACGACUAUCUAAGCGGUAUAUUUAGGGUACCACAUUUAUUGUCAACGUUUCAGUAUCAACCAAACUACCAAAAAACGACAAAGUCUGUUGACAGUAGAGCACAAGUCCAGGAGAUUAAUCGUUUUAAAUAUUUUGGUCGCGAUUAUAUCAACAAUAACAAUAAUAACAAUAACAAUAGCAACAACAACAACAACAAUAACAAUCAUCAGUCAACAACUAUAAUUUCUCGUCAACCUAUUGUCAUUCAUAAUGGAUCUUCAUUUCAAAAGAAAAAAGAAGAACCAGAAGAAUACAAAUAUGAAAAGGAAAGAAUGGUUCAUUACUUGACAACCGAUCCAUUACUUUACUAUCAUCCACUUUUAAAAGUUGAUGUUGGAUUUUUAAAGUAUCUAAGAAAGAAUGGUUUUAGAUCAGAAUUAUUUAACCAAAACAAUAUGGAUAGUGCAAUGGCUCGAGGUGACCUAAUUAGCAUUAAAUACCUAAUAGAUGCUACUAAAAGUUUUGCCUCUGAAAACCAAAGGUGGAGUCUACUCAGAAACACACAAUCACAUCCAACAGUUAACCAAUUACAUGUCAUCAAAUGGAUUAUCAGUGACUCGUCAAUGUUUUGGAAUAUAGAUAUCUUCAUCAGGGAAGCAUUACAAUGGGUUCUUUCACAAGAGGAACCAAAGGAUCUUCAAUUGAUGGAAUUUUUAUAUAAUAGUCUAUCGCAUUCUGGCAAGAUUUGUUUUGCAAGAACAGAAUGUUCAAAAUUUAAUAAAAAAUAA